UAAGAGUUUUGAGUUGAAUUUGUGACGCUGGCAGAUUUUGUUAGAAAUCUGGGCGCUGUUCUCUACUCUUUAAUGUGUGAAAUCACUGACUUUUGGGGGUGUCUGGCCAGACCUCCUUUUUUUCCUCGAUGUCGGGCGCCGUUUGGAGCGAUACAGCUCGAGCUGAGGGUGUGCUAUGAAAAUGCCAUGCAGAUGUUUCCAUUGGGAACAUCUGGAGCAGAACCUCUGCACAGAGGCUGUUCUCCCCGUGGUGUCUGCCCUGGGCACGUGCUCACCUUUUCCUAACCCUUCUCACAUUAAAAUAUGGGGUCUCUCCCUUACAGAUGGGGAUGGGCUUUUUAGAGCUGAGGAGGAUGCCUUCUUGUUGAACGUGCUUGAAAAAGGAGGGAGCAGCCAAACCGCCCCCCGUCCUCCAGGACUUGGCAGGGGGCUGCGUGUUUUGAGUGCGUUUGGCAGAGUUUUGGUGUUCUGACUCAGCAAAUUGUAACAAAGGGAGGAUGGCGAAGCCUUCCUUUAUUCCAUAAUCCUGUUUGCUUUUCUGGAAACCGUCUAUAGCCUCAGAAUCACUGACUCAAUUUUUGGAUCCUAUUCUCAUGACAAAGCGGCUGUCUGGUUUAAAACCAGCCCGUUAUAAAAGGGGAGCCUGGGAUCCUGGCCGUUUGUAACAGCUUCUGACGUUCCUCCAGCACCGGGGAGCUUGGCUGGAACAGAAAAUGUCCAGAGCUGGAACCAAGGUCACCUUCUAUGAAGACAAGAAUUUCCUAGGCCGUUACUACGAGUGCAACAGCGACUGCCCCGAUUUUCACACCUACCUGAGCCGCUGCAACUCCAUUCGCGUGGAUGGAGGCACCUGGGUGGCCUACGAGAGACCCAACUUCUCCGGGAACAUGUAUGUUCUGACGCGUGGCGAGUAUCCCGACUACCACCACUGGAUGGGCCUCAACGACCGCCUUGGCUCCUGCAAAGCCGUCCAGAUACCAAGUGGAGGCCGGGGCCACAUCCAGGUAUUUGAGAAGGGAGAUUUUGGCGGGCAGAUGUUCGAGGCCACCGAAGACUGCCCUUCCGUCAUGGAUGAGUGGCACAUGCGGGAGGUCCACGCCUGCCGGGUGCUGGAGGGCACCUGGGUUUUCUACGAGCACCCCAACUACCGUGGCAGGCAGUACCUGCUGCCCAAGGGGGAGUACCGCAAGCCCGUGGAGUGGGGGGCCUCCAGCCCCGCCGUCCAGUCCUUCCGCAGCAUCGCCCAGUGA